AUGCCCGUGACCGAGAAGGACCUCGCUGAGGACGCGCCGUGGAAGAAGAUCCAGCAGAACACGUUCACGCGAUGGUGCAACGAGCACCUCAAGUGCGUGAACAAGCGCAUCGGCAACCUGCAGACCGACCUGAGCGACGGGCUGCGGCUCAUCGCGCUGCUGGAGGUGCUCAGCCAGAAGCGCAUGUACCGCAAGUACCACCAGCGGCCCACUUUCCGCCAGAUGCAGCUCGAGAACGUGUCCGUGGCGCUCGAGUUCCUGGAGCUGGAGAGCAUCAAGCUCGUGUCCAUCGGAAUUGAGCCCAAUGGGAACAUGGUGAAGCAGCCGGCCAAGUUCACAGUGGACACCAUUAGUGCUGGACAAGGGGACGUGAUGGUGAUUGUGGAAGACCCUGAGGGCAACAAAGAGGAGGCACAAGUGACUCCCGACGGGGACAAGAACAAGACGUAUUCUGUGGAAUAUUUGCCCAAGGUCACAGGACUUCACAAAGUCACGGUUCUCUUCGCUGGUCAGCACAUCUCCAAGAGUCCGUUUGAGGUCAAUGUUGAUAAAGCCCAGGGUGAUGCCAGCAAAGUGACUGCAAAGGGACCAGGCCUGGAAGCCUCCGGCAAUAUUGCCAAUAAGGCCACUUUCUUUGACAUCUACACAGCAGGAGCUGGCGUGGGAGACAUCGAAGUGGAAGUGGAAGAUCCCCAAGGAAAGAAAACGGUAGAAAUGGCCAUGGAAGACAAGGGGAACCAGGUGUACCGCUGUGCUUACAAGCCCAUUCAGCCCGGUCCUCAUGUGGUCAAGAUCUCAUUUGCUGGAGAAUCCAUUCCCAAAAGCCCCUUCAUGGUGAAUGUUGGGGAGGGGAUCCAGCAGUGUGGCUGGAACACCACCAGUUUUCCCCCCAACAUGGAACCAGUGGGAGGCUUCAGGGGAGCCCAAGAGUGGGAGCCUUCCGUGGGAGCUCCCCGGGGCCGCGCCGAUCGUGCCCACUUUGCUCCCGUGUGUGGGGUGGCCGGACAAAGCUGCGCUUCUGUGUUUGUUGGCUUCCAGUGUUCUCCGAGUGGGCCCUCAGCCUGCAAUCCAAACGCCUGUCGGGCCAGCGGACGAGGCCUGCAGCCCAAGGGGGUGAGGAUCCGAGAGACGGCCGACUUUAAGGUGGACACCAAGUCAGCAGGAAGCGGGGAGCUCAGCGUGACGGUCAGAGGGCCCAGUAACACCAUCAUGGCGCCGGUCAUCAACGACACGCUUAAAAACAACAAGGGAGCUCCAGCCAGUUUAAUCGUGGGGCCCCGAAUGGCUUGUGCUUGCUGUUGCUUCACGGUCGCUGGUGUCCACAGUGUCUGGCCAGGGAAGGAGUCCCGAAAGGGGCUGGAGGAGCUCGUGAAACAGAAGGGCUUCAUGAAUGGCGUUUAUGCUUUUGAGUACUACCCAGGAACUCCUGGGAAAUAUGUGGUGGUCAUCACGUGGGGCGGACACCACAUUCCAAAGAGUCCCUUCGAAGUCCAAGUGGGCCCUGAGGCCGAUGUUCAGAAAGUAAGAGCCUGGGGGCCUGGUCUCCACGGAGGCAUCGUUGGGAGGUCCGCCGACUUUGUGGUGGAGUCCAUUGGCUCCGAAGUUGGAUCCUUGGGAUUUGCCAUUGAAGGUCCAUCCCAGGCAAAGAUCGAAUACAAUGACCAGAAUGAUGGGUCCUGCGAUGUGAAAUACUGGCCCAAGGAACCGGGGGAGUACGCCGUGCAUAUCAUGUGCGAUGAUGAGGACAUCAAGGACAGCCCUUACAUGGCCUACAUCCAACCAGCCUCCGGAGACUUCAACCCAGAUUUGGGGGAUGGGCCCCUUCUUCGCAAGUGGCAGCCAUUAAGGAUUGCCGGGGGCACUGAGAGUUUUCCGGAAGCUGGGAUCCUUUCGGUGUCCGCUGGGGAAGGGGUUUCUGCUGAAAACCUAUUCGUGUUCCAGGAAAUCCCUGCCAGUCCUUUCCGAGUCAAAGUGGACCCUUCGCACGACGCCAGCAAAGUCAGAGCGGAGGGCCCUGGGCUCAGUAAGGCAGGGCUGGAAAAUGGAAAACCGACUCACUUCACCGUCUUCACCAAGGGGGCCGGGAAAGCCCCCCUGGACGUGCAGUUCGCCGGUCCCCAGGCCGGGGGCGCCGUCCGGGAUCUGGACAUCAUCGACAACUACGACUAUUCCCACACCGUGAAGUACACGCCUGUCCAGCAGGGCAGCACACAAGUCCUGGUGACCUAUGGUGGAGAUCCGAUACCCAAAAGCCCUUUUGUGGUAGAGGUCGCUGCCCCUCUGGAUUUGAGCAAGAUAAAGCUCAACGGGCUGGAGAACCGAGUGGAAGUUGGAAAGGACCAGGAGUUCAUGGUGGAUACCAAAGGGGCCGGAGGGCAAGGCAAAUUGGACGUGACAAUUUUGAGCCCCACUAGACAAGUGGUACCAUGCCUGGUGGCUCCCGUCAUGGGCAAAGAUUAUAGCACCGCCAAGUACAUCCCCAAGGAAGAAGGCUUGUAUGCGGUGGAUGUGAGUUAUGAUGGGAACCCCAUUCCAGGAAGCCCAUUUACUGUGGAAGCCUCCCUGCCCCCAGAUCCAACAAAGGUGAAGGCCCACGGCCCCGGUCUGGAAGGGGGCUACGUGGGAAAUCCCGCCGAGUUCACCAUCGACACCAAAGGAGCUGGCACAGGGGGCUUGGGCCUGACGGUGGAAGGUCCGUGUGAAGCCAAAAUCGAGUGCUCGGACAAUGGGGACGGGACCUGUUCGGUGUCUUACCUUCCAACCAAACCUGGUGAAUACUUCGUCAACAUCCUCUUUGAAGAGGUCCAUAUUCCUGGGUCUCCCUUUAAAGCAGACAUCGAAAUGCCCUUCGAUCCCUCCAAAGUGGUGGCCAGCGGCCCCGGGCUCGAACGUGGGAAAGUGGGAGAAGCUGGCAUCCUCAAUGUCGACUGUUCAGAGGCCGGGUAUGGGGUGUUGGGCAUGGAAGCCGUAUCCGAUGCGGGGGUCAAAGCGGAUGUCCACAUCCAGAAUAACAAAGAUGGAACUUAUGCGGUGACCUAUGUGCCUCUCGCUGCGGGCAUGUAUACGCUGACCCUGAAUUACGGAGGAGAGCAAGUGCCAAUGUUCCCUGCUCGGGUCAAGGUGGAUCCAGCCAUAGAUACAAGCAAAAUUAAAGUCUACGGGCCUGGCAUUGAAGGAAAAGACGUGUUUCGGGAAGCCACAACCAACUUCACAGUCGACUCCCGUCCUCUGACGAAGGUUGGAGGAGACCAUAUCAAAACCACCAUCGCCAACCCCUCUGGAGCCUUCACAGACUACCUCAUCAAAGACAAUGCAGAUGGGACUUACGAUGUCGAGUACACACCAUUUGAAAAAGGCCUCCACACAGUGGAAGUAACAUACGAUGACAUACCUGUGCCCAAUAGCCCCUUCCAAGUGGCGGUCACUGAAGGCUGUCAUCCAUCUAGAGUGCAAGCCCAAGGACCUGGAUUGAAAGAAGGCUUUACCAACAAGCCCAAUCCCUUCACUGUGGUUACCAGAGGAGCAGGAAUCGGGGGCCUUGGAAUAACUGUGGAGGGACCAUCGGAGUCGAAGAUAAGUUGCAAAGAUAACAAAGAUGGCAGCUGUAGUGCGGAAUACAUCCCAUUUGUGCCAGGAGAUUAUGAUGUUAAUAUCACGUAUGGAAACGAGCACGUGCCCGGCAGUCCCUUCAGGAUCCCCGUGAAAGACGUCAUUGACCCCAGCAAGGUUAAGAUCGCCGGCCCCGGCCUGGGGAUGGGCGUCAGGGCCAAAGUCCCACAGUCCUUCACGGUGGACAGCAGCCAGGCUGGCCUGGCUCCCCUGGAAGUCUUGGUCUUGGGGCCCAGAGGCCUGGUGGAACCAGUGACAGUGGCCGACAAUGGAGACGGCACGCACACGGUGACGUACACCCCCUCCCAGGAAGGACCUUACAUGGUGUCGGUCAAGUACGCCGACGAGGAUAUCCCUCACAGAUGGCACUCAUUACACACACUCUCUUCCUCUUUUCUUUUGUUUGUUUUAGAAAUAGACAGUGCGGACAUGUCAGCCCACGUCACCAGCCCUUCCGGCCGCAUGACUGAAGCAGAGAUUGUACCCAUGGGGAAGAGCUCUCACUGUGUCCGAUUUGUACCCCAAGAGAUGGGAGUACACACAGUGAGCGUCAAAUACCGAGGGCAGCAUGUGACGGGAAGCCCUUUCCAAUUCACUGUUGGACCUCUUGGGGAAGGGGGUGCCCAGAAAGUCCGAGCUGGGGGCCCAGGCCUUGAGAGAGGUGAAGCAGGAGUACCAGCGGAGUUUAGCAUCUGGACCAGAGAAGCAGGCGCCGGGGGCCUCUCGAUCGCCGUCGAAGGACCGAGCAAAGCAGAAAUCACCUUCGACGACCACAAGAACGGGUCCUGCGGCGUGUCCUACAUCGCCCAGGAGCCUGGCAACUACGAGGUCUCCAUCAAGUUCAAUGACGAGCACAUUCCAGAAAGCCCCUACUUGGUUCCAGUCGUCGCCCCCUCCGACGAUGCCCGCAGACUCACUGUUAUGAGCCUUCAGGAAUCGGGAUUAAAAGUGAACCAGCCGGCAUCCUUCGCCAUAAGGCUGAACGGGGCCAAAGGCAAGAUCGACGCCAAAGUGCACAGCCCCUCGGGGGCGGUAGAAGAGUGCCACGUCUCUGAACUGGAGCCAGACAAGUACGCCGUUCGCUUCAUCCCCCACGAGAACGGCGUCCACACGAUCGACGUCAAGUUCAACGGGAGCCACGCCGUUGGGAGCCCUUUUAAAGUUCGUGUUGGGGAUCCGGGACAAGCUGGAAACCCAGCCCUCGUCUCCGCGUACGGAGCCGGCCUGGAAGGGGGCACCACAGGCAUCCAAUCGGAGUUUUUCAUCAAUACCACCAGAGCCGGCCCAGGGACAUUGUCUGUUACAAUCGAAGGGCCAUCCAAGGUCAAGAUGGACUGCCAGGAGACUCCAGAAGGUUACAAAGUCAUGUAUACACCGAUGGCUCCGGGCAGUUAUCUAAUUGGUGUGAAAUAUGGCGGGCCUAACCACAUUGUUGGCAGCCCUUUCAAGGCCAAAGUGACAGGUCAACGCCUCGUCAGCCCAGGCUCUGCCAAUGAGACGUCUUCCAUCCUGGUAGAAUCAGUGACCAGGUCCUCCACCGAAACCUGCUACAGUGCCGUUCCCAAAGCUUCCUCGGAUGCCAGUAAGGUGACGUCCAAGGGAGCGGGGCUUGUGAAAGCUUUUGUGGGCCAGAAGAGCACCUUCCUGGUUGACUGCAGCAAGGCGGGUUCCAAUAUGUUACUGAUUGGCGUCCAUGGCCCCACCACACCUUGUGAAGAAGUAUCUAUGAAACAUGUAGGAAACCAGCAAUAUAACGUGACUUAUGUUGUCAAAGAGAAGGGGGAUUAUGUUUUGGCCGUCAAGUGGGGUGAGGAGCAUAUUCCUGGGAGCCCCUUUCAUAUCACAGUGCCUUAAAGUAGAUCCCAAUGAAAUGCUUUAUUUGGAACGUUGAUUUUUUUAUACCGAGUUUUGUGGGUCUUUUGUGGAAGUGAAAUGUAGUCUCUAAAUAUGCAUCUCAUACUUAAGUAUGUCCAGGAGUAAAUGCUCAACUUUUUAUUCUUUUAGGAGACUUUUCAAAAUCUCAAAGCUUAGAAAUUUUAAAUGUCAUUCAUGCGCAUCUCUGUGCACUCGAUUCCAAUGAUACCUCUCAGUCCCAUCCUUCAUAAACAACCUUUAAAAGUCACGCAUGCGAUGACUUCACGAUAGACAUUCCAGGUCAUGGACAUGAACCAAAACUGGAACUUCUUUCAAAAAACAAACAAACAAAAAACGAGAUUGGGGACCUGGAAACUACUGGUUUUCUCUUGGACUUUUCUAGAACAUGUUUAUGGAGGGGAAGGUGUUUCUGUGUUUUUGUUUUUGUUUUUUUUUUUAAUGAAUAGGAAAUGGGGUUCAGACUUGGUACUCAAGGGAUAGUAACCAAUUUUAGGGCCCAGUGCGAUGAAAAGGGUGACCCCAUCCCUUAGCCAAGUUUUAACACUAACCCUUUGGGCCGGGUUCCUCUGAGAGGCCUGCCACGUUGAUAGCAGACUGGACGGGCCUGGUGGCUCUUUCCCGUGUCUUCGCUACUUCCUCCUGGCAUCUCCACGGUGGUGUUUACCUUUAGGCUCCACCAAGGCCUCGGGCAGCCGUCCCUUUGCCAAAGGUUACUUUUUAACCCAACCGAGAGGCUCCCUUCUUUGCACAUAUUUUGCUUGCGUGUCAGGAUUUUUACUAGCCUUUUAUCCGACUCACAUCAUUCACUUGGCAGCCAAGUGUGAAGGGGCCAGACACGGGCCUCGAGGCCGGUCCCUGCAGAGAUGAGGGCUAAAGCAGGAACCUUCUGGGGGGGGGCAGGAAAGAAGGAGGCGGGGGAGGCAUUUGGGGUGUUGUUCUUAGUCACCGGGAGUCAGUUUUCUAUGAAGAACUCACCAGUCCAGCGUUCAAGGAAGGGCCCUGACGUCAUCGUGUUGCUUCCUGCAGAGAACACUGGCCAGGAGCCUGCCUUGGGCUUCUUGGCCCGGGACCCCUUCUGUGAGAUUUCAUCCCAUUCCUGUGAAAAGCUUGAGAGUAUGAUUCCCCCCCCCCCGCCUGUUUCCCCCUCCCAUCCCCCCAAUAGCAAACGCUUCACUGUGGCCCCCGAUAACUUUCUGAUGAGCUUCUUUCAAAGCGCCCUUCUCAGAAGAAGGAUGCUCGAGCCGGACGCCCGGCCCGGAUGUGUGACGUGGGUCCUGCUCCUCGGCCAGCCGGAGGGCGCCUGGGCCGCCCCGUCGCUUUCUCUGUGUACCCCACGACUUUGUACACUAGCAGACGGAGAGAAGCCGGCCCCAAGAUGCAGGAUUGUAAAAUUGUAUCUCAUAACUUAUUAAAAUAAACUCUUUGCUCCCUAAAA